AUGCUGUUCAAGGUCCAUGCUCGUUUGCUGGGAUGCGUCUUGGAGUUAGCCGCAUUCCUCAAGAGCCAAGAUGGGAAAGCAACAGGGCUCUGCAUUCGCCCUACCUUCCUCGGCCCUUGUGCCGUCGUGCUCUUCCUCAUCAACUCUGCCUCGAUGAUUGUGGUCCGGUCAAUGCAGGGGACCGCGGACUACUUCAGCAAUGUGGCCGUUGCCGCACCUGUGCUCUUGGUGAUCUUCACAUGUCUCGGCUCCCUGAGCUCGGAGGCAUUUCGGGACUUCUUUCGCAAGCUGGCAAGUAUGCAGGAGCAGCUUCCCCACUUCCGCCUUCAAGACGCUGCCUGUCACUGCUGUGAUAUUCAUCACUUUGAGAAUGGACAGCGUGUGCCAUGUGAUCGUGAAGUCGUGAAUGAGUGCAUCGGCAGCUGGUUUGGUUCUCCAAGGGAGUUCGAAGGCAGCGUCCAUUCUAUGGUGCUGCCAGCAAUGGAGACGCAGCUAGGGUACUACCUCUUCCCGUACCACAUCUUUCUCGGCUGCUCCAUUCCUGUUCUCUGGGCACACUUCGAUGGCAUGGUAUAUGCAGCCAUAGAUCAGGAUUGGGCCGCGUUGAUUACCCGCCUCCUGUACGUUGCUGUCAGGUGGCUGGGUGAGCUACCAAUCUUCUUUGCCAUGGCCUGCCCCGUCAUGUGGAAGCUGCGCCACAGGCGUGCCAGGCGUUUCGCAGAUCUGGGCGUGAACGUGCUGUGCAUGUGGCUUCCCCUAUCUGUCUACUACGGCAUGUACCUCGGUGGGGAGUAUCUUCGGAGCACUUGGGGCCUGCGAGGGCACAUCUUGUUGCUUGUGAUGCUGUUGGCUGCCACCGCCUUCUUGUGGCGAUUCUGGACGUGCUGGUUGUUCCGUUCUGGCAUAUCGAGAUCCAGGCAGACGGCAUCGUCUAAAGACAUGCCAGAGCUGUGA